GCGGGAGCUAAGAGUCUUCCGGUCGCUUCCAAGAGUUGUUCGUACAGUACAAACUUGUUUCAUAACAAUGACUGACUACACAAAAUUCACGCCAAUAAAUCCCAGAGCAUCGCAUUUAAAAGCAACGUAAUAGAAUAGGUAUUGGUAUUGGACCAGAUUAAGAAUUAACCCCAGACAACCCGCUUUCGGAAUUAUUAUCUUCCACAAAUCAUUAUUAGGGCUACCUACCUUACCCAACCUUCACCAUGGAGGCCUUGCGAAGUCAGCUCGCUGAGACGCAAGGCGCGCUCACGGACAAAAUACUCCAAGUUAGACAGCUACGAGCAGACCAUGCCGCUGCAUUGAAUACUUGGGCGCAGCAGAAGCAGAACUUCGAAGCAAAGCUACAACAGCUAGAAGAUGAAAUCCGACGAUUGCGCCAGACAGAUGAAGUUUCUGAAGGAAGCGAGAAGCUGUUACGCAAUAAGGAAAAUGGACAGCGCGCGAAGAAAGUCCCGUUAGCUUCACUCCUCGAUGAUGAACCAGUGGGUGACAGUCCAGUCGCGCGGGAAGGGGAUGAUGAGACGGUCGUGAUCACCCGAUCGCGAAUGGAAGAGAUUGAGUCCAAGUUCAAAAAUAUCACAAAUGAGCUGACGGAAAAGACGAAACUCUGUGAAUCCUUGCAGCAGCAACUACGUGUUCGACGAAGUAGUUUUGAUGCUGCAGAUGCUCGCGACAUUACCGACGAUCAAGUUACGGAGCGCUGGGAGAAUCUACGGGACAAAAUUCGAACGCUUUCGUUGGAUAGAUUCAACGAGACGAUUCAGCCGAAACUGGUGCCGGACAAGUCAAAAGCAGAGUUUGAGCAUCUAUCGAAGCACUGGAAGACCUACAUGACUAACGGCGACCUCACCUGCUAUAUCUUCCGCGCGCUGAUCUGGAGAUAUUUGUACACGUGUUUACUGAGUAAAUACUGUCGGGUGUGGGGCAAGGAAUACGGCGAUGUGGCUACGAAACUGGGGCGCUUUUUCUUGACCAAGAUGUCGGAGACGGAAUUCGAAGUAUGGCGAAUACACACGGCGCAGCUAUUAAACAAAGCCUGCGAACCCGACCCGGCCGUCGUGGAGGACGUGACAAAGAAGAUACUAGAGGCUACUACACUAUUUGCGACCGGAAUCGAUACGGAAGCCCUGACGACGUCGCUGACGGAGAUCGUCACAUCGGCGGCGGAACUCAGCACUAUCUUGGCCCGUUCGCGAUACAUGGCUUUGAUGGCGGAUAAGCCCGGUAGCGAUCGCACGCGCGGAUUUGCGUAUCAGGAGGCCACUAUGGACGUGAGAAGCCAUCUUGGAACUAAGACGGUUGUGGAUAUGAUGAUCUCGCCGUGUCUACUGAAGAAGGAAGCCGACUAUGUGGUCCUUGUGAAGGCGGACGUCAUCUGCUAGAAGUAAUGCGCAAGUCCCGGUAUGACGCGAGGCGGCAUCAGGGGGAGGGGGAAGCUGAGCAAAUGUGCAGAGAAACAGACGAAGGGCUAGACGAGGCGAGAAUGUCAAUGUUAUAGGACUGUGUUGUGUGCUUACCCCUUAAUUUGGUCAAGUGUCUAUGUUCCUUAUGGUAGGAAGGCAGGAAGGCAGAUAGAUAGAUUAUUCAGCGGAAUUGACUCCUGUACCAAAACUUUUGUACGUAGAAUCAUUCCAAGUAAUGUAAUCUCCAUCCUUUCUGCCACCGUUAGAGUUACUGUUAACCAGUAACUCUAGGUUGG